AUGGCCUCACUGCAUGUCUACAAUGGAGCCGCGGGUGUUCAGAACAAGAGCCAGAAAGCCAUCAUUGAGCCUGUCGUUGACUUCCUAGACUUGAACCGACUAGCGCCAGCAAACAACCAUGUCGACAUUGUACCUCGCCAGACGUACAUCAUAACAUGCAUUGGGGGUCGUUGCACCGACAACAUCAGCCGGCCUACAUCGGGUGUGCCACAGCCAACGACAAGCAAAGUCACAACGACAACAACAACCAAGAAGCCUGAGCCGACCACAUCAAGCAAGAAGCCCGAGCCUACACCUACAACCACUUCAAAGAAGCCUGAACCACCCAAGUCAAGUACGAAGCCAGCACCAACGUCGACCACUACGACCAAGAAGCCUGAACCGCCCACGACUAGCAAGAAGCCAGAGCCUACCCCGACAAAGACUACCAUCAAGACGACUACAAAGACUACCGAGAAGCCCACAAAGACGACCACUGAGGAGACUGGCCCGAGCAGCACGAGAUGCCCUGUGCCUGCUUACUACAAGUGCGGAGGCUGGGAUUACACUAAGCCUUGGGACGGCUGCACGGUCUGCGAAAAGGGCUCAACAUGCGUAGAACAGAACGCAGGUCUACGAAUAGACACAAUGCCCGACCCACGAGUCUUCAUAAUCCGCCACGGCGAAACAGAAUGGUCGCUCAACGGACGCCACACAGGAGUCUCAGACAUACCACUCACCGAAAACGGCGAGAAGCGCGUAAAAGCCACUGGCAAAGCGCUCGUCGGCGACGACAGAUUGAUCGUGCCGAGCAAUCUAGCCCACAUCUACGUCUCGCCCCGCACACGCUCCCAACGUACCCUCGAACUCCUAAACCUCGGCUGCAAAGAACGCUACCCCUGGCACUCCACCUCGAAACCGCACACGCCUGACAUCCGCACACACGCCACAAUCGAAGUAACAGAAGCAGUCCGGGAAUGGGACUACGGCGACUACGAAGGCCGCGUGACCUCUGAAAUAAAAGCCGACCGCGAGAAACGCGGAUUGGGAUCUAACUGGGACAUAUGGAAAGACGGGUGUGAAGGCGGCGAGAGUCCAGAAGAUGUGACGGAGAGACUGGAUAAGCUGAUCAAGGAGCUGAGGGAGAAGUAUCACAAGGGUAAGUUUGGGAAGGAUGGGAAGCCGAAUGAUGUGCUUAUUGUGGCGCAUGGGCAUAUUUUGAGGAGCUUUGCGGCGAGGUGGGUGGGGAAGAGGUUGGAGGAGAACCCUAGCUUGAUUCUAGAGGCCGGUGGUGUUGGCACGUUGAGUUAUGAGCAUCAUAGUAUUGAUGAACCGGCGAUUUUGCUGGGUGGUGCUUUCGUGGUUGAUGUUGUGGAGAAGGAACAGGAGGAGAAGAACGAGAAGGCGUAG